UGGCGGAGGGAGGGACGGUGCUGACGGCUGGGAGGACAAGUCGAACGACAAGAAAGCCUUGGAAAGAGACAGAAAGAGGGGAAAAGGGCCCGGGGUUCCACCUUCCAUCGGGGUACAACUUUAGUUCGACACUGCUGGGUGCCCGAAUCUAAUGCCAUGUCGUCCAGUCGUCAGCAUAGUGAAAGCAGGGCCAUUCCGACCAGGACGGUGCUGAUCAACGACUCAACGCAGCUACCUCACGACUAUUGCACCACUCCGGGAGGCACUUUAUUUUCAACUACCCCGGGAGGCACCCGGAUUAUCUAUGACCGUAAAUUCCUGUUAGACCGGCGUAAUUCCCCUAUUGCCCAGACUCCUCCAGCACACCUGCCUGUCAUCCCUGGAGUGACUAGCCAAAACGUCCUGAAUGAAAACAAGAAGAACGAAGCCAAUAACUUCAAUAACCAUGACGGGAAGCCAGGACCAGGUGAGGACGCUCAGUUUGAGAUGGACAUCUAAAGAAGAGGAACCAACAUGAUGAACGAAUAAUAACCUGGCACCUAUGUGCCAGUGGCUUGGCUUGUAGAAACCAAUGUUGUGAGCCCUCUCCUUUAGCUCUCUCUAGCUGCUGGGUGCUAAGUAACCAUGGGGAUAGUUGACACAUGCUGGCCCAAUGGGCUGCUGGAGCCCUGAAAGUUAAUGAAUGAUUCUGAUCUGUUUGAUUAGGUUUCAGGGCUGCCAGCAGCUAUACUUGCUUAAGCCACACAGCAAGAGAAAAAAGUCUGUAUUUUAAGUGCCCAAAUACAACGAUUUAUUGAAACGGAUUCACUUUGCAAAACAGCCUUCAGAGAUUUAUGCAUGGUAAUUUAGAAUUGUUUUCAGAGUUCACUUUUCGGUUAGAUACCCUCUAAGGACCCAAAAUGCUUUACUUUGUACAACUGUAACUUGAGUCUGUGUCGGUCACUCAGAUAUCUACUCAUCAGUACACAUGCACUAUUCUGUUGCCUCCUUGUUAUCAUCCUUUUCGGUUUAUUUUUAGUCUGUAAAAUUUCUAGUAAAGUUAACUAGGGACAGCAGGAUUUACAUUCUACAUUUUGCCUCAAAUUUGGAGAGUUCCAUUUUCAUUCCAAGCCUUUUAUAUUACUCAGACAUCCAUACGUGAUGUCUGUUUUGUUCACAAGUCAAGUUUAGUGUGGGGCAAAUAGUUUUAUAAACAUACCUAACCCCGGACCUUCAGUAAAGAUUUGAGUUGCUCAGAAUUCUACCAAAACGAUACACAAAUUCUUUUUUCCUACAUAAAACUACCCUAUAUCGAUCAUCCACGAUUCUUUCUCGUUUUCUUGCUUUCAUGCAAAAAUUUGUCAAAAGGAUGAUUUAAAAAAAUGGUUGACCAGAUUGUCUUUAGCUAGUGAGAAUGUGUUGAAAUAUCUGAUUCAUCCUGCUAGCAAUACGGUUUGUCCCUACCUUUGAAUUGUGAGUGAAUCCUGAUGAUACUUGAAGCAUCACCAUCAGCUUUGUGGUCACUGAGUCUGAUAGACAAGAAAUACUGUACUACAGGUGACCCAGAAUGAGUUGUUGGUCAAAGGUAAUGACAACAUGCACAGUUUUGGACUGACUGAAGGGUUGAAUAUGCUUUAUAAAUGAGUAAUGUGUAGAAAGGUUCCCAGAACCAGAGCUGGUCUCAAGAUGCACGUACAUCAUGUACCUAACAUAUACAUUACUUCUAGCGUUUUUUACAGGUGAAAUUACAGGGAUUUAUGAAACGUUAAUACCAGUUGUGACGUCUACUGUCACGUUCAGACUGCUACCAUAUUAGCAAACCCUCAUCACCGCAUCAAAGGUAGGAAAGCACUGAAGUGUUGUCAGGUCAUUUAUCCUACUUUUAUCUGUCAUUGAUAAUGCUGCUCUGAAAUUUGUGAUCAAGCAGCAUUUGAGAAGAUGGAUAGUUUUGCCAUGACUUGACAUUCAUUUUUUGAUAGAUCAAAGGUUUUGAAGCUUGAAUUGAACAUUUCCAAUGCUCCUCUAUGCAUAUGGUUUUGAGUUUCUUAUCCUGAGCUCAGAUGUCAGCAUUAGAAAAUGUCAUAUUUCUGUGAAGUUCCUCAUUUCUGUUUCAUGCCUCCUCAUGGCAAAUGGAGAAGGUUUCAGAUUUUCACAAGAGAUUGUCCUUAUAAAGUGGCUUAAAAGAGAAUACAACUCAUUCUCUGCUUUACACCUUCUGUGCUGAAAUCAUUCUUUUGUCUGUUUUCUUUUUCUCAUGUUGAUCUCUUGUGCUAAGUCUCUUUACCCAUGCCUUACUUUACUAAGCUUAGCAGCUGUGACUUAAACAAGUUUCCUUUCCCCAAUAUUCUGACAGGUGUUUCUUUUCCCUGUUGUGGAUUUAAGAUCAAGAUUGUUUGUUUUAAGAGAAUACAUUAAUAUUUUUUGGAGACAUGUUUUUUUUUUCCCCCUUUGGAGGUGGAAAGGUUUGGGCUUGCAACAGUGUAAUGGAUGUAACAUGAUCAGUGAUUUGAUCAACAAAAAGAAAUUUGGAUUUGAUGGCUCACGGUUUACAUUUCUGUUAAACUCUGAUUAGUCAGGUUUCCCAACUUAUUGUUUUCAUUUUAGAUCUGUGAAUACACAUUUUAAAUCUAACUUUCACCUCUGGUUUAAAUGAUUUGAAUUGGGAAAGAGGAAAAAAACGUCCAAAAUCAGGAGAAAUGCUCAUGAAAGCAAAGGGAAGCAUCUUUGCUCAUUGUACUGCUGUAGACUGUCGUGAGCUGUCAAAUCCCGCAGUGUCUUUUCAACCCCUUAAAAACAAGUGUCAUAUUUUUAACUGACUGGAACCAUUAGAAUUCAAACAUGCCCCAUCAGACAAGUUUAUACCUGAGCAGGGGCUUUUCUAGGUUAAACUGGUAUAAUAUUGCCUGUAAAAAGUUAACAAAAAAUGUUUUUUGUUCUGAAUUUGAGACCCUGUUAAAUUGACUUUAAUUUGAAUAAGAUGCCAAUGCCAGUUGACACUAUUACAGCAAAAUCAAUAAAAGUUCCUUAAUAAUA